AUGUUGGGUCAUUUUGGGCAGCCAAAGGCUGCUUUCGCGCUUUCCGUGUUUCUUCCGCGGCUUGAACGCUUGUUUUUGCUGGAAAAUAGCCUUUGUAGUCAUGUAGUCUUGUCAGAAGAGGUAUGGAAUGCUUGGAAUCAACUUGAUCUUGUGACGACGAUCCCUGGAUGGGUGACUUUGAUCCUCUCCUCGACACUCAACAUCGCCCUCCUCAGGACCUUGAAAGUGGUCCGCCUUUUACGCGCAGGGCGUUUAUUGAUAUCGAUCCCAGAGGUUUACGUUUUGAUGAGUGGAUUAGCAUCAGCCUUGAAGCCGAUUAUAUACGGCUCAAUCAUGCUGAUCUCGGUGAUUAUGAUUUGGGCGAUCAUCGUGGUAGAGUUCUUGCACCCUGUGAAUGUGCAGAUCCCCUAUGGCGAAGACUGCCCACGGUGCAAGUUGGGCUUCAAAAGCGUUUACACAGCUUCUCUCACCCUCUUCGCGCAGUUGGUCGCCCAAGACGGCUGGAGUGAGAUGUCUUUGCCUUUAGCCGAGGAGGCACCAUGGACUACUCCUUUGCUCUUUAUCAUUCUAAUGACAGUCUCUCUUGGUGUCAUGAACUUGAUCCUUGCCGUAGUGGUCGAGAAGGCUGCGGAAGUUAGAGAAAACGAUCAAGAGCGCAAGAUGAUGAAAAAAGAGGAGGAACGUGAACGCAACAUGAUCGAGUUGGCAGUGCUGUGUGAUCGAAUGGACAAUGAUGGCAGCGGUGCCUUGUCCUUGAAAGAGAUGCUUGACGGUUUUGACAACGAUCUCAAUUUCAAUGCGUUGAUGAAGUUCAUGGACAUUGAGCGAGAUGAUAUGCAGACGAUUUUCAACGUCUUGGAUUCAGAUGGCUCUGGAGAGGUUGACUAUGUUGAAUUUUGUCAUCAUUUGGGCAGUUGCAAGAAGCGAGAUCCAUUGAUGAUGUCUUCUCUAACCAGAUAUUCAGUGAUGGAAAUGCGGAACUUGGUCUCAGGCAUCACAAAUAGCAUUGUAGAGGUUUUGGAAGAAAACGCACAAAUGUUACACGAGCAGCUGGAGCUGCUUUGCUCAGUGCCAGGCUGCGAGCAAGCAGCUAAGGAAUUGAAGCGGCGGCGGGAAGCAAAGACCGGAGGUGAUGGAGCAGGAAGUU